AGUUCAUCGAGUCCUUGACAACAUAGGAAUAAGAUUCAUUGAAUAGCGUAGGUAGAAGAACCAUAAGGAAAGUAAGCAAGAGCCAACAGUGACACAUACCAUCGACCUCUUCCUCUUCGCUUUCAUUCCUUAAAUCAACGACAAACACUACUUCCGAUUCACGACAUGUUGCCCCUUUCCUUGCUCAAGACUGCCCAAGGUCAUCCAAUGUUGGUGGAACUGAAAAAUGGGGAGACUUAUAAUGGCCAUUUGGUUAAUUGUGAUACAUGGAUGAACAUCCAUCUCAGAGAAGUCAUAUGUACCUCUAAAGAUGGAGAUAGAUUUUGGCGUAUGCCUGAAUGCUACAUUCGAGGCAAUACCAUUAAGUACCUUCGAGUUCCUGAUGAGGUUAUUGACAAAGUCCAGGAAGAAACCAAAAGCCGUGCUGAUCGCAAACCACCUGGUGUGGGACGUGGAAGGGGAAGAGGUAGGGAGGAUGGUGCUGGUGGACGUCAAGUGAAAGGAAUUGGGCGUGGCCUUGAUGAAGGUGGGGCUAAAGGGCCAGGAGGAGGCCGAGGCAGGGGUGGCCCAGGUGGAAAGCCUGGUGGAAACAGAGGUGCAGGACGAGGCAGAGGUUGAUUUGAAAGUACUUCAGAUGGGCCAGUUGCUGCUUUUUGAGGCAUUGGUGCCCGUUCAGCAGAUUUACUCUCUGUGUUUCGUGUGUAAUAUUGGAUUUUAGGUUUUUCCAAUUAUUUUCUUGCAUUUCUAGUCAUAGAAAUGGUGAUAUUAUAGACCUCAACAGAGCUUCUAUUCCAACAUUAUUUUCUAAUGCCUUUCCUAUUGAAAACUUGCCUAUGUAUUCCAUUCCCUCAGAAGUAAGAGGGGGGUACAUGUUAAUUCUUAAAUAGUAAAUACUUCCCAACCUUG